AUGAUUUUUGAAGGCUUGGCUGAUGACCUUGCUUCAUCCAAGCUACCGCGCGUCCUGGAGAUAAUUUCUGAGUUACGGCCGGCCCCGAACGACACCCAGCUGCUUCCCCCCUGGAUUGCAAUCUUGUCGAGGGGUUACGAUGUCUCCGCACAAGUCGAACCGGAAGAUACCUUCCAGAAGCUGCCGGAGUUGUUCACGAUGGUUUCCCAGUUUCUUGAGUCCCCGGCACAUAAUAUCAGGAUAUCAGCAUCAGAAUGUUUGGUGUCUUUCUUAGCGAACUGCAUUCCAGCACAGGUGAUUUUAGAGCCAUCAAUUUACGACGAAAAGAUUCUCGAGAAACUUGUCAAAGUAGUAGAGGGUCUUCUUAGUGUCAAAUACCAAGGCGCCUGGAUGGAGACAUUCAACGUCCUAGGGGCGAUGUAUGACUCGCUCAGAUGGAGAGCCUUCCCGUUCCUGGUCGAUGUUACCAAGUCUAUUGGUGAUAUGAGGAGCAACGAAUCAUUUGCAGGCAAGAAAGAGGCAGAUGAGGUGCUUGGUAAAGCUAUCCGAGCCAUGGGCCCCGAGGCUGUAUUGGAUGUUCUACCUCUAAAUUUAGCUCGACCAAAGAAGGGUCAGCCCGGCCGCGCUUGGAUGUUGCCAUUGCUGCGAGACUACACAGCCAACACCAACCUGGGCCAUUUCCGGACCGAAUUCGUUCCUUUGAGUGAGGUUAUGUUUCAGAGGGUCCUUGACCAUGGUACAAAUGACAAAACGAUGGAAGUGAAAAUCUACGAAACUGUGGUUCACCAGGUUUGGUCUAUCCUCCCGGGAUAUUGCGACCUUCCGCUUGAUCUUCAAGAAUCAUUUGACCAAGGGUUUGCAGAACUUCUCGCAAACCUGCUAUAUCAACAAGUGGAUCUGAGGCUUGAUGUUUGUCGAGCCUUGAAAGCUUUGGUUGACUCGAACCAGGCGAUAGCUUCCAUAGAGGAAGACGAUGAUCUACUACUGCAAAGCCGAGUCACGAAAGAGCAGGCACAGAAGAAUCUAGACUACCUUGGCACCUUUGCAGGCAACUUCCUAGCCGUUCUCUUCAAUGUUUACGGACAGACACUUCCGCACUCCAGGGGCAUGAUUUUACAGACCAUCAACGCUUAUCUCAGCGUCACACCAGCCAAGGAGCUUACAGAGACGUUUGACCGGGUAUGCAAGAUGCUCGAGUCCUCUCUGCAGGACGCCGCCGCCCAGCCAGAGAAAACAGACGGCCCCAAGGGAGGCGAGAAACUUCCAUCUACUGCACAAACCCUCAUGGAUCUUGUUAUCACUCUUUCUGCAUAUCUCCCUAGAGAAAGCUUCGCUACCUUGUUUGAGAUAGCGUCACUCAUCGUUGUGAAGAAUGACGACGCUCAGCUGCAGAAAAAGGCAUACAAGAUCAUUCCUCGCCUUGCGGAAUCACCAGCGGGAGAGGCAGCGCUGCGCGAGAGACACGACGAGUUACAAAAUCUGCUGCUGUCGAGCGCAGAGACCGUAUCGGCACCGGCACGACGUGAACGUCUGGCAGCGAUUGCGGCAUUGAUUCCCUUCCUACCAGACACCUCUCUGCACUUCAUCCCGUCCAUCCUCUCGGAAGUUGUCAUCGGCUGCAAAGAACAAAACGAACGUGCCAGGACCACCGCAUUUGAUUUGCUCGUUUUACUUGGCCAGAAAAUGUCCGCCGCUGACGGUGCGGUGAUUGACAAUAGCAAAGUUCCACAUAUGCCCAAGGAUGCGCCAUCGGUAGCUGCAAGCAUUGAAGAAUACUUCACCAUGGUGAGCGCCGGAUUGGCGGGGAGUACACCGCACAUGAUCUCGGCCUCUAUCACGGCAAUUUCUCGGGUCUUGUACGAGUUUCAAGGAUCGCUGAGUCCGCAAACGCUCAGCGACCUCGUUCAAACAAUGGAUCUCUUUUUGACGUCAAACAAUCGAGAGAUUGUCAAGAGUGUCUUGGGUUUUGUAAAGGUCUCUGUCAUCAGUCUGCCAACCGAGUUGAUGCAACCUCGGCUUGCUUCCAUGAUUCCCAAUCUCAUGGUAUGGAGCCAUGAACACAAGGGUCAUUUCCGUGCCAAGGUCAAGCACAUUCUUGAGCGGAUGGUCCGUCGUUUUGGCUAUGAUGUCGUCCAUAAGAAUUGUCCCGAAGAGGACCGAAAACUGAUUACCAAUAUCCGAAAGACUAAGGAGCGCAGCAAGAAGCGCAAGGAAGCGGCCAAGGAGGCUGGCGAGGAAGAUGACGACGACGAGGGGCAGAAGAGACAAGGCGGCCGCUUCGAAAGCGAGUACGAUCAGGCCCUAUACAGUAGCAGUGAAUCCGAUGGAUCAGAUGAUUCUGAUCAGGAGAUAAUCGGAAAGUCAAAGAGGGGCAAGCGCAAGGAGGGCAAUACAUACAUUGUUGAGGACGAAGACGAACCGCUGGAUCUCUUGGAUCGCAGGGCAUUGGGCAACAUCUCAACCACCAAGCCGGUCAAGUUGCGAAAGCCGACCAAGACAAAAGCCAAGGUUGAUAUGGAUGGAAGACUGGUUCUUGGCCAGCAGGCCGAUGAUGGGGCUAUGGACUUGGAUACCGGCAACGGAGAGGAGAGUGGUGUUGGCGCCUAUGUGGCCGCGCUUAAGGGCAAGGAUGUUCCAAAGAAGGGUCUGCGGGGGAAGCUCAAGUGGUCCAAUAAACGGAGCCAAGACGAUGAUGACGAUGAAGACAUGGAUGUGGACGAGGCUGGCGCUGCUGCUGCGCUAGCUGCGAAGGCUGGUCGUGGAAACCGCUUCAAUGCCAGAGGCCGUGGCACGGGUCGUCCUCGUGCGGGCGGCAGGUCUGGAAGAGGAGGCAUUGCCUCUGGCAGAAGAGCUCUCGGUGAAGACAAGCGACGCGGUCCACCUUCAGGAGGCAGAGUCAAGAAGUUCAGGAAGGGCAGAAAUUAG